CGGUUCCUGUCCUGAACAUCGGAGAUCUUCUCGACACGACGGUGGGAUCGAGGAGUUCUUUGCGGCUUCAGACCUCAUCUUUCGGAGUUCUACUUCCUUUAUAGACCGCCACUUUUGGGCUCACAUAUACCACAAGUAUUAGCCCAAUAUGAGAGUCGAAACCUGCCACUUUUGCUCGAGGCCUGUUUACCCUAGCAAGGGUAUUCAGUUUGUCAGAAAUGACGCCAAGGCAUUCAGAUUCUGCAGAAGCAAAUGCCAUCAGAACUUCAAGGCUAAGCGCCAACCGAGACGUGUGAAGUGGACCAAGGCCGGUCGCGCUGCCAAGGGCAAGGAGAUGAUUGUCGACUCGUCGCUGGUGCUGUCCCAGUUCGCCAAGAAGAGAAACGUCCCCGUCAAGUACGACCGAAACCUGGUUGCGGCUACGAUCAAGGCGAUGGAGAGAGUGGAGGAGAUUCGGCAGCGCAGAGAGCGGGUGUUCACGAAGCGUCGACUGGCGGGCAAGCUUGCGCGGGACCGCAAGCGCGAGGAGGAUCGCAGGGUGGUCAUGGAGGGCGAGCACCUCAUCCGCAAGGAGCUCCGCGAGCGCGAGGAGGGACAGCCGUUGGUCUCCGAGACGACCAAGGCGAGCAGACUGCACGGCGAGGAGCGGCUCAGACAGAAGAAGAAGACCAGGAUGUUGGUGGAUGGAACCACCCAGGAGGAGAUGGAUGUCGAUUAAAGGGUAUGCGUUUCUUACGGUUCUUUCUCUCCGGCUGUCUGGUCGGGUUCGAUACCUUGAGGUUAUGAUGGAGUUGGGUUUGUUCUGUGUUUCAAGCUUUUCCUAUCCAAAAGUAUCCAGUGGUCUCUGCGAUGAACUUUCAU